GCACUGUUGACGAUGCUGUUAAAGACUUAACACAGGCUACUGCUAUAUCGAGUCUCACAAUCAUUUUCAGGUGGAACUCAAGAUUAGCUUUUUUACACCUUUCAAAACUGUGAACGUUUUCAUUGAUUGAGUUCAACAUAUGAGUAAUUUAUCUUAUCGUAUAUGAGCAAGCGGAGAUAAUGCAGGCUCGUCACCCAUGUCUAGCUUUAGGUGUGGCGGCGAUGACAGUGCAGCAGUGUACCUACCUGUAAAGUGUUUAUCUCAUAUCUCUCAUUCGUUUCAGUUUUGUUAGUGAGAAAAAUAUUCUGCUAUGGCAGCUGUGUGUCUUUAGUGAUUGUGUAGAGAGAGAGCUUUUCUUCAGCGGCAAAACUGCUUCUAAACACCAUCGUUCACAAUGAGGAGCUCCAAGAAAGAAUUCCUGUUGCUGGGAUUAUCAAUACUAAUUACAGCAUUUCCAUUGUUUGUAUCAUCACGUGACGGGCUGAAAGCAUCUAUCCCAGACACUCUGUUACCAUGCUACAAACAUCCAUUGUUGAAAACAAAAGACUUGCUUCUACCAAUGUCGAUGCCUGUUCUGAUAAAUCUGGUUCGUAAAGUGGAAAACUAUCAAGGUCUCAAUAUGGACAUGAGAUCCCUCAGCACCACUCUCUUACAAAGGUUUCGUUUGGAUGGAAUUGAGUUCAAUCCAGAUGUGCAAUCUACCGAGUUCAUAAUACCGUACAGCCCUUCUGGACCUCAAUUCUACAAAUACAAAAUUCUAAUGGACAAGCUCAUACCAUCUCCAACUUAUCGAUUUCCUAACGAAAGCCUCAACAUGGUCGAACAGUGUACACUUCAUCAGAUGUUGAGUUCGUCGGUGAAUAAAUGGUCGCGAGGGGAUGAAAGCACGAGCUGCAAUCGGUUAACCGAGAAGAUGAGUUACAGCAGUCGUCUGCCGAGAAGUGUCGACCCACAAGGCUACAAGGACGAACAGGCCGAUGUCGAGACCUUCCACCCUUCGGCUAUCAGGGGUAAUGUGGGACAGCCACAGAGUGCAGCUUAUCGAGUUCAGCAGUUUGGCUUGUCUUCGUUGCUUCAGGAAAGCAUGUGUCCUAUAGAAAACGGAGUCGUAUCAACAAGGUACGGUUCGGUGAAAGCAGGAGUGGUUAUAGCUGGGAUUGCGGCGGGUCUACAGCCUCAGACAGUCAGCAAAUCGAAUCUGAUUGAAAAGCGCUCAAUGAGUCAGAUGAGCCCCUCCUACCCCACAGACUCGGGUGCCCUUGGAGUCAGUAACACUUGGGCAGCCACUCUGUCAGGUGCGUGUAUCUGCAUUCUAAUUAGUAAUUUAUUGGAAAGAGAAUGUCUAUUCUCCAGGUACGGUUCGGUGAAAGCAGGAGUGGUUAUAGCUGGGAUUGCGGCGGGUCUACAGCCUCAGACAGUCAGCAAAUCGAAUCUGAUUGAAAAGCGCUCAAUGAGUCAGAUGAGCCCCUCCUACCCCACAGACUCGGGUGCCCUUGGAGUCAGUAACACUUGGGCAGCCACUCUGUCAGGUGAAAUAGCAGAGGUUGUCAUUUUGGAAGGGCCAACAGACUUGAAUAAUAUGAGGGUUGGCGUGACGGGGGGCUGGAAUAGCACCCUUGUGCCAAAAUAUUACUUACUGAAUGAUGGAAAAGAUGGUGCUGUCACUGAGACUGACAUUCGAGGAGGAGUGGAUGGUUACAUAAUGGGAAAUAAUAUCAGAGCUCUAAACGAUUUCACUGGAGGCUCACUGAAAUUGUCGCAGCUUCUAGAAAUGUAUUACUCAGAGCAAGGAGUUUUUGACACAUCUUUCAAAGGGUGCAAAAGAAAACAAAAGUUUGGUGAAGUGGUGUCUAUGAAUAAAUUACAGCAAGAGAUUGAAAAUGUUUUGGCAGAUGGUCUACGCGAUGUGCAAUGUGCCAGAACUGAGCAAGUUGGCCCCCUCUCCCUGCCUGCCGUCGAUUUGAUCGUUGUCAUUGACUGUGGCUGGGAAUUCCGUCUUAUUUCAGAUGUUUUGAGUUACCUAGUUGAGCAGGUGGAUGUGAGUGCAUAUGGCUCGAAAAUUACAUUGGUUAAUGGAAAAGACGGAUCAAUAAUGGUCAAUACAACGGAGAAUAUUGUCGAUUUCUAUCAAAAUUUCAACAGUUCCAUGUACAGCAUGUGUUAUUCUAGAGGAUUCGACAUGGCACGCACGUUGCGAGAGCUGAAGAUGAGGAUCGAAAUCGAGAUGAACGUGCAGCGACGAUCGCUGGUGGGCAGAUACCAGCAGAGCUACGAGGACAGCUACCACAGCAGUCGCAGCGACUACUACAGUCAGCGGCAGACGACGUCGUUCAGGUCGCAGGAGGCAGGCGGUGCCGAUUUGGCCAAAGUCGUGCUUUUCGUGCCACAGCCGACGGCCGGGUCGGGCGACGGGGAGGGCUACUAUGUCAGGAGCGAGAUCAAUUACUACAGGAGGGCCUUACCAGAUGUUACUUUACUCUUCUUUGCACCAAACUCGAAACAACGUUUCUCGGAUUAUGCGGAGAAUGUUAACAAAGAUGUGUUUGUUUUAACGCCUAAUGAUGUUGCCAACUCGGUGAAUCCUCUGGUUGAUAGGAUAAGUGAAGUGCACAAGCCAAUUAUCAAUCCGACGUGUGGCUCUAGUUGGGUUGGCGUUUCAUACAACAGUAGGCAGACCACUGCUUAUCUUCAGUCUUCAGGGAUACAUUACUACAGAGUUCAUGCUAACUAUUUCUACAAAUCAUCAAAUGCCAGAAUACGGAUCCAAUCGCAAGGAGUGCCGCUGAGCGUGUGCUAUUCAAGGAGCAGCCCGUGGCCGAAUGCGAAUCGCACGCGGGGAAGCAGCGACUCUUCCUGCCGACAGGUCACCUCCGAGGCCUACGAGCUCAGAAUUCCAGACGAAGUGUGCUCAGAUGUGUACGCCUACCAGUGCUUGCCCUAUUACAUCUCUGUGGCGGCCCCGUCUUCCAAAAUGGCAGCCAACAAUUUCGCAUGCAGAGAAAAUGAAUGCAGAUAUCCUGACAUGGUGAAGUACACCAUCAGUCAUGAGGGGCUGACAUGCUACAGCUGUGUUAUCAAAGCCAUUGCUAGCCCAUUACUGAUAGCAUUCGCUCUCAGCAUUCUACUCAAAAUUGAAAAUUGAUUGUUCAAAAAAUAUCUCAGUUGAAUUUCCUGAUCGUAAUUUUAAUGAUUUAAAGACUAAAUAAAAAAAUGAAAAUAGACUGCUAGUUGACAGAAAUCACAAGAAUGGAAUGAUCACUCCGCUCAAUAUUGAAUUAUAUAGUGAGAUGAGUUCUGAAAUUCAUUCAACUUCGAUAAUUAGUAUUACUGUAUCCAUCAGGUUAUUGAGAUUGUCAAGAAUCUGCACAAUCAAACACAACUAAUAUUAAUUGAUGAAUUGACUAGCUAAGAGAUUAUUGCAUCAGAAAGUGAUCAAGUACCGCGUAAACAGCAAUGAAUUUGAAUAGGGUAGGGCGUACAGUACUAUGAAAAAGAAUAACGAAUAAAAAACUCACACAAGUACUGCAUCUACAAACCAGUAUUAUGACAUGAAUCAAAUCAAAUUUAUUCAAUAAAAAUAGACAAAAGGCAACAAUGCACAAUUUAUGAAAUAUACAAAUUAAUAUAAUGCUUAGAAAAAUUAAUAAAAACAAUAUAAAAAUAUGAAGUUCCCUUUUUAAAUGUUUCAAAUGAAAGGGUAUUGCAUAUUUUUAUAUUGCUUUUAUUAAUUUUAAUAAAGUAGCCCAUACAAGUAAAGAGAUUUUAUGCUUAGAAAAAGUAUAAUGCAGAUUGAAAUGAUUGUCUCCGCGUUCGCAUUGUAUGCCAAAGUCAAAUAUAAUUUGAAAUAAGUUGUUUAAAAGCGAAGUAUAUAAACUUGUUUGCUAGCCGAUAUUCCUAUCAAUAAUUGUUAUAAAGUUAUUAUUGGGAAAAAUCAACAGUACAGUAAUGAGUUGUAUUAUCUUAGAGUUUGAUAGAUAUUAUUUCUAAGUUUAGUUUAGUUUAUUCCUCAUAGUUAAGACUCCAAAUUUCAACACAUUUGUGUUCACCUUUAUAAGUUGUAUUCAGGAGAAAUAGUUUUA